UUCAAUCUUUUCAGCUAAUGAUCGAUAUAAUGGAAACCGACCGAACCAUCUAAUGGAACAUUCUCGCUAUUUUUCUCUAUCAAAUCUGCCAGCCAAUCCACAUCUUCCCGCAACCUACAGAAAUCCUAUAUAAAGAGUUGCAUGGCAGCUCAAUCAUCUCACAGCGAAAACUCAUCAAGUGUUCAAGCAAAGCUUUCAUAUAUAUAAAUUCAUCAAAAGCUCGAAUAGCUUUAAAUUGCGCAAUCAUCUUUUCUUUCACAUUCUGUGAGUAGCGUUUGAAGUUUGAGUUUAUUUCAAGGUGCGAUGGAUAAGGUGACAAGAAUGACAUCUGAGAGGCCGCUGGUGAUCUUCAGCAGGAGCACUUGCUGCAUGUGCCACACCAUCAAGACUCUCUUUAGUGAUUUUGGGGUGAACCCCGCCGUCCAUGAGCUGGAUGAGAUCCCGGCUGGACGUGAGAUUGAGCAGGCUCUGUCGAGGCUAGGGUGCAGCCCUACAGUGCCAGCCGUGUUCAUUGGUGGUGAGCUGGUGGGUGGAGCCAAUCAGGUCAUGAGUCUUCAUCUUAAUCGGACCUUGAUACCAAUGCUUAAACGAGUUGGAGCAUUAUGGGUUUGAUUAAUAGUAUUAACCCAACAUGCACACCACGCACUAAUUAUUAAUCCUACCGAGUCUGCUGUAUCUUGUGCGUUAACUUUUAGCCAUGUAAUAUUAUGUUUCUUAUAAUAAAAUUGCAGAGUUUUCUGCGCUUAAUCCA